CUUCUGAUGCCAUGCCAAAGGACGUUGGCACGUCGUUGACAUUUGGAGAGUUUCACGUGACCUUGAACUCCGUUGAUGACGUUUCUGUAGGAGUGACGGGGAUGAAACUAACCAUCGAAUCAAAGACGAUGCAGACAUUUUGGGACAGCGGAUCAGGUGUGGCGUCUAUCGUCAACUACAACUUCAACUCCCCAUCUACAGAACGUCACUUUGACAAAGCCAAUCUCCUGAUGCUCGUAGAGAUCCUGACUGAACGUCAACACAUCAGUGGGCCCCAUCCCGUCAUACUCCAGUGUCGAGACGAUCCCAGGAAGUGCAGCCUCUUUGCUGCUGCAGUCAGUGUGCUGACCAGCCUGAGACUGGACAAGGAAGUGGACAUCUACUUGACAGUCAGGGAGAUACAGUGUAGAAAUGGGCAACCCAUCACCUGUGUGGAGGACUACAGAUACCUGUACGAGUUGGCCUGCCAGCAGGUGCAGUCUACAAACACAUUCGCCACCAAAUGAUGGACACCACGAUUCUCUUUAUAUGCUCAUUCAGUGUUCAGUGUUACAUGUGGAAUUGAAGAGGAAUUGGUCACACGCACCGAUAUAUUGGAAUAUUUCUAAACGCGGUGUAAUACCACAUUCAUUAAAAUUAUUGUUUUCCAUCUAAAUUAUAUAAAACACUGUUUGUUGUUCCAACCUUCGGUUUACUAUUGCUUGUCCACUGUUAUGUAACUUUCAUCUUUUAGAAACAUCCCAGUCAUACAGGAAAUACCUUCCUUGUUCAAAAUUCUGUACAUUCGAAAUCUACUUCCAAACCUUUGACUGAAAAUUGACCAUGUGAAUGGUAAGAUAGUUUUAGCAUGUGCAGGGAAUAAUAAAGGUAUUAUAUUUAUGUCAAAAUAUAUUUCUGAAACAUUUUCACAAUGGUUAUGCAAACACAGUAUUUCAGAUACGUAGUUGUUGUUGUAUAGCGGUCAAGAUAUUCUUACAUUUUCAUAAUAACAUUUUACUACUUUUUAUCAAUUUUGUUUCACAAAAUACGUUGUAUACGUAAACUUUGUUUUCUGAAGCUUGUUUUAAUACUGAACUGUUCACUGAUACAGUCACCGCUUAAGAGGCAGUCUCCUAAAACUGAAGUUGGCUUCUUACGGUUAGUUUAUAAUAUGAUUCAUUACAUGUAACACAUCCGUGCUUGGAGACAACGACUUCGAAAGUUAACAAUAUCUUUUCACCUUUAAUGAUUCAACGGUAACAGAUGCUUUGAGAUUAUCUCAUAUAUGUGUCUUUAAGUGAGUGAGUGAGCGAGUUUAGUUUUACGCCGCACUCAACAAUUUUCCAGCUAUA